AUGCAAACUCCCAGCCUGCCUGCCUGCCUACUGUUGCCAGUACUUCUUACUCUUGCUGGAGAUGACAUUCAGCCAGCUCCCCAGCCCCGACGCUUCGUUAUGUAAGGCUGUCUAGGUCAAGUGUAGGAGACCCACUGCUGGCCUGCGAAAACUCAUGGAACUCUUCCUUCAGAUUAACACUUCAGGGACUAUGGAAGCUGGAGGAAGCUGAGCUUUUACUACAUCUUUUGGGGGACUUUCAUAUGCAGAGUAAAUGGUAAUUAAAAUGUGCAGGAUGACAAGAUGGAGCAAACAGUGCUUGUACCACCAGGACCUGACAGCUUCAACUUCUUCACCAGAGAAUCUCUUGCGGCUAUUGAGAGACGCAUUGCAGAAGAAAAGGCUAAGAAUCCCAAACCAGACAAGAAAGAUGAUGACGAAAAUGGCCCAAAGCCAAAUAGUGACUUGGAAGCUGGAAAGAACCUUCCUUUUAUUUAUGGAGACAUCCCUCCAGAGAUGGUGUCAGAGCCGCUGGAGGACCUGGACCCAUACUAUAUCAAUAAAAAAACUUUUAUAGUAUUGAAUAAAGGGAAGGCCAUCUUCCGGUUCAGUGCCACCUCUGCCCUGUACAUUUUAACUCCCUUCAAUCCUCUUAGGAAAAUAGCUAUUAAGAUUUUGGUACAUUCAUUAUUCAGCAUGCUAAUUAUGUGCACUAUUUUGACAAACUGUGUGUUUAUGACAAUGAGUAACCCUCCUGACUGGACAAAGAAUGUAGAGUACACCUUCACAGGAAUAUAUACUUUUGAGUCACUUAUAAAAAUUAUUGCAAGGGGCUUCUGUUUAGAAGACUUUACUUUCCUUCGGGACCCGUGGAACUGGCUUGACUUCACUGUCAUUACAUUUGCAUACGUGACAGAGUUUGUGGACCUGGGCAAUGUCUCAGCACUAAGAACAUUCAGAGUUCUCCGAGCACUGAAAACAAUUUCAGUCAUUCCAGGCCUGAAGACCAUUGUGGGGGCUCUGAUCCAGUCAGUGAAGAAGCUCUCCGAUGUCAUGAUCCUGACUGUGUUCUGUCUGAGCGUGUUUGCGCUGAUUGGGCUGCAGCUGUUCAUGGGCAACCUGCGGAAUAAGUGUGUACAAUGGCCUCCCACCAAUGCUUCCCUGGAGGAACACAGUAUAGAGAGGAAUGUAACUAUGAAUUACAAUGGCACGCUUGUCAAUGAAACCUACUUUGAGUUUGACUGGAAAUCAUAUAUUCAAGAUACAAGAUAUCAUUAUUUUCUGGAGGGUGUUUUGGAUGCACUACUAUGUGGAAAUAGCUCUGAUGCAGGUCAAUGUCCAGAAGGAUAUGUGUGUGUGAAAGCCGGUAGAAAUCCUAAUUAUGGCUAUACAAGCUUUGAUACCUUCAGUUGGGCUUUUUUAUCUCUGUUUCGACUGAUGACUCAGGACUUCUGGGAAAAUCUGUAUCAACUGACGUUACGUGCUGCUGGAAAAACAUACAUGAUCUUUUUUGUGCUGGUCAUUUUCUUGGGCUCAUUCUAUCUGAUAAAUUUGAUCCUGGCUGUGGUGGCCAUGGCCUAUGAGGAACAGAAUCAGGCCACCUUGGAAGAGGCAGAACAGAAAGAGGCUGAAUUUCAGCAGAUGCUUGAACAGCUUAAAAAGCAACAGGAGACAGCUCAGCAGGCAGCGGCGGUCACUGCCUCAGAGCAUUCCAGAGAACCUAGUGCCGCUGGGGGGCUCUCUGACAGCUCAUCCGAAGCCUCCAAGUUGAGUUCGAAGAGUGCAAAGGAAAGAAGAAAUCGGAGAAAGAAAAGAAAACAGAAAGAGCAGUCUGGUGGGGAAGAGAAAGAUGAGGAUGAAUUCCAUAAAUCUGAGUCUGAAGACAGCAUCAGGAGGAAAGGGUUUCGCUUCUCCAUAGAAGGGAAUCGAUUGACAUAUGAAAAGAGGUACUCCUCCCCACACCAGUCUUUGUUGAGCAUCCGUGGCUCCCUAUUUUCUCCAAGGCGAAAUAGCAGAACAAGCCUUUUCAGCUUUAGAGGGCGAGCAAAGGAUGUGGGAUCGGAGAAUGACUUUGCUGAUGAUGAGCACAGCACCUUUGAGGAUAACGAGAGCCGGAGAGACUCUUUGUUUGUGCCCCGACGACAUGGAGAGCGACGCAACAGUAACCUGAGUCAGACCAGUAGGUCUUCCCGGAUGCUGGCAGUGUUUCCAGCGAAUGGGAAGAUGCACAGCACCGUGGAUUGCAAUGGUGUGGUUUCCUUGGUUGGUGGACCUUCAGUUCCUACAUCGCCUGUUGGACAGCUUCUGCCAGAGGUGAUAAUAGAUAAGCCAGCUACUGAUGACAAUGGAACAACCACUGAAACAGAGAUGAGGAAGAGAAGGUCAAGUUCUUUCCACAUUUCCAUGGACUUUCUAGAAGAUCCUUCCCAAAGGCAAAGAGCAAUGAGUAUAGCCAGCAUUUUAACAAAUACAGUAGAAGAACUUGAAGAAUCCAGACAGAAAUGCCCACCCUGUUGGUAUAAAUUUUCCAACAUAUUCUUAAUCUGGGACUGUUCACCAUAUUGGUUAAAAGUGAAACAUAUUGUCAACCUGGUUGUGAUGGACCCAUUUGUUGACCUGGCCAUCACCAUCUGUAUUGUCUUAAAUACUCUUUUCAUGGCCAUGGAGCACUAUCCAAUGACAGAACAUUUCAAUAAUGUGCUUGCAGUAGGAAACUUGGUUUUCACUGGAAUCUUUACAGCAGAAAUGUUUCUGAAAAUUAUUGCCAUGGAUCCUUACUAUUAUUUCCAAGAAGGCUGGAAUAUCUUUGAUGGUUUUAUUGUGACACUUAGCCUGGUAGAACUUGGCCUCGCCAAUGUGGAAGGAUUAUCAGUUCUCCGUUCAUUCCGACUGCUUCGAGUUUUCAAGUUGGCAAAAUCUUGGCCAACAUUAAAUAUGCUAAUCAAGAUCAUCGGCAAUUCAGUGGGGGCUCUGGGUAACCUCACCUUAGUGUUGGCCAUCAUUGUCUUCAUUUUUGCCGUGGUCGGUAUGCAGCUCUUUGGUAAAAGCUACAAAGAUUGUGUCUGCAAGAUCUCCACCAGCUGUGAGCUCCCACGCUGGCACAUGCAUGACUUCUUCCACUCCUUCCUGAUUGUGUUCCGCGUGUUGUGUGGAGAGUGGAUAGAGACCAUGUGGGACUGUAUGGAGGUCGCUGGUCAAGCCAUGUGCCUUACUGUCUUCAUGAUGGUCAUGGUGAUUGGAAACCUGGUGGUCCUGAACCUCUUUCUGGCCUUGCUUCUGAGCUCAUUUAGUGCAGACAAUCUUGCAGCCACGGAUGAUGAUAAUGAAAUGAACAAUCUCCAAAUAGCUGUGGACAGGAUGCACAAGGGAAUAGCUUACGUGAAGAGAAAAAUAUAUGAAUUUAUUCAACAAUCCUUUGUUAGAAAACAAAAGAUUUUAGAUGAAAUUAAACCACUUGAUGACCUAAACAAUAAGAAAGACAGUUGUAUGUCCAAUCAUACAACAGAAAUUGGAAAAGAUCUUGACUAUCUUAAAGAUGUGAAUGGAACCACAAGUGGAAUAGGAACCGGCAGCAGUGUUGAAAAAUACAUUAUUGAUGAAAGUGAUUACAUGUCAUUCAUAAAUAAUCCCAGCCUCACUGUGACUGUACCAAUUGCUGUCGGAGAGUCUGACUUUGAAAAUUUAAACACAGAGGACUUCAGUAGUGAAUCAGAUCUCGAGGAAAGCAAAGAGAAACUGAAUGGAAGCAGUAGUUCCUCUGAAGGCAGCACUGUAGACAUUGGGGCACCUGCAGAAGAACAGCCUGUAGUGGAACCUGAGGAAACCCUUGAACCUGAAGCCUGUUUCACUGAAGGCUGUGUACAAAGAUUUAAAUGUUGUCAAAUCAGUGUGGAAGAAGGGAGAGGAAAACAGUGGUGGAACCUGAGAAGAACGUGUUUCCGAAUAGUUGAACAUAACUGGUUUGAGACCUUCAUUGUCUUCAUGAUUCUCCUUAGUAGUGGUGCACUGGCAUUUGAAGACAUAUAUAUUGAUCAGCGAAAGACAAUUAAGACAAUGUUGGAAUAUGCUGACAAGGUUUUCACUUACAUUUUCAUCCUGGAAAUGCUUCUAAAAUGGGUGGCAUAUGGCUAUCAAACAUAUUUCACCAAUGCCUGGUGUUGGCUGGACUUCUUAAUUGUGGAUGUUUCAUUGGUCAGUUUAACAGCAAAUGCCUUGGGUUACUCAGAACUUGGCGCCAUCAAAUCUCUCAGGACACUAAGAGCUCUGAGACCUCUAAGAGCCUUAUCACGAUUUGAAGGGAUGAGGGUGGUUGUGAAUGCCCUUUUAGGAGCAAUUCCAUCCAUUAUGAAUGUGCUUCUGGUUUGUCUUAUAUUCUGGCUAAUUUUCAGCAUCAUGGGCGUAAAUUUGUUUGCUGGCAAAUUCUACCACUGUAUUAACACCACAACUGGUGACAUGUUUGACAUCACCGAAGUGAAUAAUCAUUCUGAUUGCCUAAAACUAAUAGAAAGAAAUGAGACUGCCCGAUGGAAAAAUGUGAAAGUAAACUUUGAUAAUGUAGGAUUUGGGUAUCUCUCUUUGCUUCAAGUUGCCACAUUUAAGGGAUGGAUGGAUAUAAUGUAUGCAGCAGUUGACUCCAGAAAUGUGGAACUCCAGCCUAAGUAUGAGGAAAGUCUAUACAUGUAUCUUUACUUUGUUAUUUUCAUCAUCUUUGGGUCCUUCUUUACCUUGAACCUGUUUAUUGGUGUCAUCAUAGAUAAUUUCAACCAGCAAAAAAAGAAGUUUGGAGGCCAAGACAUCUUUAUGACAGAAGAACAGAAGAAAUACUAUAAUGCAAUGAAAAAAUUAGGAUCGAAAAAGCCACAAAAGCCUAUACCUCGACCAGGAAACAAAUUUCAAGGAAUGGUCUUUGACUUUGUAACCAGACAAGUUUUUGACAUAAGCAUCAUGAUUCUUAUCUGUCUCAACAUGGUCACAAUGAUGGUAGAAACAGAUGACCAGAGUGAAUAUGUGACCAGCAUUUUGUCACGCAUCAACCUGGUGUUUAUUGUGUUGUUCACUGGAGAGUGUGUGCUGAAGCUCAUCUCCCUCCGCCAUUAUUAUUUUACCAUAGGCUGGAAUAUUUUUGAUUUUGUGGUUGUCAUUCUCUCCAUUGUGGGCAUGUUUCUGGCUGAGCUGAUAGAAAAAUACUUUGUGUCCCCUACCCUGUUCCGAGUGAUCCGGCUCGCCAGGAUUGGUCGAAUCUUGCGUCUGAUCAAAGGGGCCAAGGGAAUCCGCACGCUGCUCUUUGCUCUGAUGAUGUCCCUUCCUGCCUUGUUUAACAUCGGCCUCCUGCUCUUCCUGGUCAUGUUCAUCUACGCCAUCUUUGGAAUGUCCAACUUUGCCUAUGUCAAGAGGGAGGUUGGAAUUGAUGACAUGUUCAACUUUGAGACCUUCGGCAACAGCAUGAUCUGCCUGUUCCAAAUCACCACCUCUGCUGGCUGGGACGGAUUGCUAGCACCUAUUCUCAACAGUAAGCCACCUGAUUGUGAUCCUAAUAAAGUUAACCCUGGAAGCUCAGUUAAGGGAGACUGUGGAAACCCCUCUGUGGGGAUUUUCUUUUUUGUCAGUUACAUCAUCAUAUCAUUUCUGGUUGUGGUGAACAUGUACAUCGCUGUCAUCCUGGAGAACUUCAGUGUUGCUACCGAGGAAAGUGCAGAGCCCCUAAGUGAGGAUGACUUUGAGAUGUUCUACGAGGUUUGGGAGAAGUUUGAUCCUGAUGCCACACAGUUUAUGGAAUUUGAAAAACUAUCUCAGUUUGCCGCUGCUCUCGAACCCCCCCUCAAUUUGCCACAACCGAACAAACUCCAGCUCAUUGCCAUGGAUUUACCUAUGGUCAGUGGUGACCGAAUCCACUGUCUUGACAUCUUAUUUGCUUUUACAAAGCGGGUCCUGGGAGAGAGUGGAGAGAUGGAUGCUCUCCGAAUACAGAUGGAAGAGCGAUUCAUGGCUUCCAAUCCAUCAAAGGUCUCUUAUCAGCCAAUAACUACGACUUUAAAACGGAAACAAGAGGAGGUGUCUGCCGUGAUUAUUCAGCGUGCUUACAGGCGCCACCUUCUAAAGCGAACUGUAAAACAAGCUUCAUUUACGUAUAAUAAAAAUAAAAUCAAAGGUGGGGCUAAUCUUCUUGUAAAAGAAGACCUAAUAAUUGACAGAAUAAACGAAAACUCGAUUACAGAAAAAACUGACCUGACCAUGUCCACAGCAGCUUGUCCACCUUCCUAUGAUCGGGUAACAAAGCCAAUCGUGGAAAAACAUGAGCAAGAAGGCAAAGAUGAAAAAGCCAAAGGGAAAUAA